AUGAUCGAGAUUACUACACCGACGGAUCUCUGUUCUAGAUGCGAGUGGAUUGUUGAGUCUAAUGGAGAAGACAUUCCAUGGACAUCUUUCGCCAUAGUCGACUCUGAUGACAAUGCCUAUUAUGGCGUCAAAGAGAGAAUGCGGGUAAAUGAGCUCACCGUGAAGAUUGUUAAAGAUAAUCUUCAACCUGUACCAGACGAAGAGAUAUAUCCGGUUUUCCCCAUGACCGGCCUGACCGCAGCACCAGACGACUAUUCCGGCCGAUAUGUCAAGCGCACGGCAUGGGCGGACUAUGAGGAUGUCAAGGGAACAACGUUUCUUGCUCGGCUUAUGCUCCAGAAAGCAUAUACAAUGGAGUUUCUUGCACAGAGGCCCCAUCCGAACAUUGUGAGCUACUACGGCUGCCAGAUUAAGAGAGACAGAAUCACCGGACUCGUCCUAGAAACCUUUCCGUCCAAGCACGAUCUAGGAUUCGCUGCUCAACGGCCGGAGCUAUUCAAGGGUUUGGUGGACAAGAACCGUAUCAUGUCCGGGCUACGGGCGGCGGUAGAUCAUCUGCACUCGAUUGGAUUGGCGCAUAACGAUAUCAAUCCAGCAAAUAUAAUGUUGGGUGAAGAGGGAGAACCGAAGCUCAUCGACUUCGGCUCCUGUCAGCCUGUUGGUCAUCACCUCAUGUCUUGCGGGACCCUUGGUUGGUACAAGGACGCGUUUCACCUCUCAAAUACUGCUCACGAUGACUAUGGUUUGAAGCUUCUGGGGCCAUGGCUGGAAAAACUGUUUGUAGAGGAGAAAUAA